AACCUUCUGGGUUUAAAAACUCUAUUCCAAACAGUCUGCGCGUGGAAUUGAUUGGUGGAUGUUUUGGCGUUUUUGGUAGUGGUUGGUUUUUUGUUAAGUGUAAAGUUCGAAACUUUUUUGAGUUUUUAAUGGCUUUUUCCACAUGCGACUAGCUUGAUUUUCUUGUGCUCUUCGCGUUUGCAGCCUAAUUUUUGCGGGACUCAAGAUUUUUGUAUCAAUCUUGGUCAGAAAUUCUGAAUUCGCCUUAUUGUUUAUUGCUGUGCUUUUUUUUUUUUUUCCGCUGAAUUUUGAUCUUUAUUUAAAUUACGGUGAGUUCUCUGAGUGGUUCUGGUGAAUUUGAGUAUUUUGGCUGCCUGUACUUUAAUUUUUUGGAUGCUAAAAGAAUUGUUAUUGGAGGGGUUGGAGAAGUGGAUAUAGGAAUUUAUAUUACACUAGCUUAUCAUACGAUAUGGAGAGUAAUGGGAGGGAGAAAAUGUCGAAAAAUUCAGAAGAUAGGGCGAGUUUCGAAAAAACUCAUAGACAUGAGGAAUCAAUUCAUAAAUAUCAUCCUCCACAAGAGGGUCCGAAUAAUGGAUCGCCAAAUGGGGCAGAAGAUGAGGAAAGUUCAAUGGAAGUGACUAUCGAUGAACCAAAUGAUAGGUCUCCAGAUAAGCAGUCCGAAGUGUAUUCUACACCUGACGCAAACUACCAGAGGAUGAACAUUUUGCAGUCGUCAUCUGUUAUAGAGCGUUCUCGGUGGAAAGAUCCAAGUGUUAGUCCAUUGCCUCGGGCAAAAAGAGGUUUGGACCAUUGCAUCACUGCACCUGUUCGAACUGGCAGAAAUCUCUUCUUUGAAAAUCAGGAAGGCGCAAUUUCAAGGUCUAUGACUGAAAAAAGGGGUAGUACAAGGAUUGACCUAAAAUUCGAUAGACUUUCUGAACGUGAGAAGAAAAAGCUCAUAAUGGACUUAUUGAAGAUCCAAAAUGAUGGAACAGUGGAGGUUGACCUCACUAAUAGUGAACCUGUUACUUCUGAGUUCUUAGAACUUCAUUCAGUUGAAGGUGUUCCUCCAAGUAGUGAUUACAUCACAAGAUCCACCCCUGAUCUGAACAAAUCAAUUCCAAAGUUGAACGUUGCAGUGCUUGUAGUUGGAACAAGAGGAGAUGUUCAGCCCUUUCUGGCUUUGGCAAGGAGACUUCAAGAAUAUGGUCAUCGUGUUAGGUUGGCAACUCAUGCUAACUUCCGUGGAUUUGUGAAGUCGGCUGGAGUAGAUUUUUACCCACUUGGUGGUGACCCCCGGGUUUUGGCUGGAUAUAUGGCUAGAAAUAAAGGUCUUAUACCAUCAGCGCCUGGAGAAAUAUCUGUACAAAGGAAGCAAAUAAAAGCCAUUAUUGAAUCUCUCCUUCCAGCCUGCACAGAACCUGAUGCAGAAAAUGGUGAACCGUUCAGGGCUCAAGCAAUUAUUGCAAACCCUCCUGCUUAUGGACAUGCACAUGUUGCUGAAUAUCUUGAUGUACCCUUGCAUAUCUUCUUCACGAUGCCUUGGACGCCCACAUAUGCAUUUCCUCACCCAUUUGCACAUGUACCACAAAGUGCAGGAUACUGGCUUUCAUACAUUCUUGUGGAUUUACUAAUAUGGUGGGGCAUAAGGGGGUAUAUUAAUGACUUUAGGAAAAAGAAGCUGAAGCUUCCCCCUAUUGCAUACUUCAGCACAUAUCACGGGUCAAUAUCUCAUCUGCCAACAGGCUAUAUGUGGAGUCCGCAUGUUGUGUCCAAGCCAGAAGAUUGGGGCCCACUGGUUGAUGUUGUUGGUUAUUGUUUUUUAAAUCUUGGGUCAAAGUAUCAACCUCCUGAAGAAUUUGUUCGGUGGAUCCAGAAGGGAUCCAAACCUAUUUAUAUUGGAUUUGGGAGCAUGCCUCUUGAGGAUUCAAAGAAAACUACUAAUAUCAUUUUGGAGGCAUUAAGGAAUACAGGACAGAGAGGAAUAAUUGAUCAAGGGUGGGGAGAUCUUGAUACAGAGAUUCCUGAUGAUGUUUUCCUUCUCGUGGAUAUCCCUCAUGACUGGUUGUUUCCCCUGUGUACAGCUGUGGUUCAUCAUGGUGGUGCUGGAACUACAGCGGCAGGACUAAAAGCUGGGUGUCCAACAACUAUAGUUCCAUUCUUCGGAGAUCAGUUUUUCUGGGGAGAGAGAAUUCAUCAGAGAGGGCUGGGACCUGCUCCCAUUCCUAUAUCUCAGCUCAGUGUUGAAGCUCUUUCAGAAGCAAUAAGGUUCAUGCUCCAGCCAGAGGUGAAAUCUCAAGCAACGGAAAUAGCAGCGUUAAUCAAGAAUGAGGAUGGUGUUGGAAGUGCAGUCAAUGCAUUCCACAGGCAUCUGCCUCCCGAGGUACCAUUCCAUGUAUCACCUUCAGAAAAAGAUGACGAUCCAAAUCCACUGCAACGCAUUUUCACUCAGAUUGGAAGAUUGUGCUGCCUACCUUGUGGUUCUUAGGUGUGUUUUCAGACAACAGAUUAUCAGACAGACUAUAAUUACCUAUUACUUGAUUCCUUUUUUUGGUUGUUUUGUAAUUUUGUAACAUAGUAUUUCUUUUCAUUAAUGUCUCAAAACUCAUUUACAGUAAAGACAGAUGGCGAAACAAUAUAAGUUUUUUGUUUUUCUUUUGUU